CCAAUGGGAGUUCCACUGGGCGGAGCCUUGGGGAGCAGGAAGAGAGGAUUGGAACGCGGGGAGGAGCGGCGCCUCUCUUCGCCCUCGCGCGAGGCCUCUCUACUUUUUCUGGAAGCAGAGUUAGUCACAGUUGCUAUGGAGAAGAUCAGAGAGCAAUUUUCCAGUCUCCAAAUAGUGAGACGGAGCGCGCUAACAAAAGACCCAACUUACUUGUUGGACAUAGAUAUUUCAAGAGGAGAAGGAAGCCAUUUAGUGGCUGUCUCCCACUCCAGCAAAUCGAUUGGCAUUUACGACAGAGAGACGCUGAAUUUGCUACGGGAGUAUAGCAGUCAUCCCGGGUUACUCAGUGGGGUUAGGUUUGGGCAUGAGCAUGCAGACAUGCUGUUUUCAGCCUGCAGUGAUGGAACAGUGAAAUGCUGGGAUACGCGUUCAGCUGGUUCUGAGCCAGCCCAAUUGUUUUGUGGCUAUCCUUUGAAUGUCUUCAUUAGCUUUGAUGUUAAUUGCAAUGAUCUCAUUGUUUGUGCUGGCACAGAGAAGGUGGAAGAAGAUGUCUUCAUGGCUUUUUGGGAUGCCCGAGGGGGCACCAGCAGCAUCCCUUCCAGCAAAAGCCCUUUGGGCGUGUAUUCAGAGUCUCACAAUGAUGACAUCACAAACAUCUGUUUUCAUCCCAGCCAACCGAACUUGGUCAUUUCAGGGUCAACGGACGGGCUGGUGAACAUCUUCGACAUUAACCAGGAAAGCGAAGACGACGCUUUGACGUCAACCUGUAACUCGGGCUCGUCUGUCAGUUUCGUUGGAUGGUCGGGGAAGGAUUUUCGGCAGGUCUACUGCCUGACGCACGACGAAGGGUUUUCUUGGUGGGAUCUUGCUCAGCUGGAUACCGAGGAACCAAUUACGCGGUUGCAAAUCCCGGACACUAGAGAAGCAGCCAGCCUAGGAAAGAUUGAGCUGAACUACUUGAUCGGUGGCUUGUAUCAUGAGAAGUCGGACCACCUCUUCAUUCUUGGGGGGACGUCAACGGGAAGUCUCCACCUCCUGGGCUGCGGCACCAACGGUCUGAAUCCAGUGGGAACUCUUCAAGGAGGACACUCAGCCACUAUCCGCUCUUUUUACUGGAACAUGAAGGACAAUUCUUUGUUGACCGGUGGAGAGGAUGCUCAGUUGUUGCUAUGGAAACUCGGAGCUGUGGAGAAGGCCCUUGGGAAGAAGACCUCCAUGAAAAUAACUUCCUCUGUUCGCCAGCGAGUGAGAGUUCACCGAAACCCUUUCAAAAGCAAGAAGAAAUGAGUAUUUUUAAAACUCUGGGGGAGGUCUAGUUGUGAUUCACUUUUUAAAGCUUCACAACUUUUAAAGAAGGGCUGUGUUAUUUGCCGGACGGUUUUGUCAGAUGUGGCUUUUGUACGCAUGGAAGACUCCAGAUCCUGAAAAUGUUUAUUCAGAAACAUCCCAUUGGUUUCCUCAGAAAACUUCACUUCCUUCCUUUGAGCAUAUUUUCUGGAUUGCAGCUUCAAGAAGAGAAAACAUGCCAAAGGAAUUCCCCCCCCCACUCCCCCAAGUACCGUUUUCCUGUGGAAGGUGCUGAUGACAUGUUACUUUCCCUUCAGUAUUUCUACGGCCUCAAAAUUUUUACCUUUGAUAUUUGAGCUUCUGUGAGAAAGGCAAAAUAUAAAUAAGAUAAUUUUAAAAAAAA